ACCAGGAAGGGAGCGACCGCUCAGCUCUAAUAGCAGUUGAGUGAAAGUGGGAGAAGGGACGGCUGUCAGCAUGAGAGAGGCGGAGACGGCGCCAGAGACAGCUGGAGGGACAGUGCGAGAGACGUGAAGAGACUGCCCUUCUGAGAGCAGCAGAGCUGGUACUAAAGAGCUGACACUCACCCACAGAAAGUGAGCUGUGGAAACAGAGAGUCUGCACUCAGCGAGUGGGGUUUGGAGAAAUGUUAUGUAGAAGCAGCCAGUGCAGUGCAAAGAUUGACAGACUGGACCCAAACAUGAGUACAUUCACUCACACAGCCAGCACACAGGUGUAGGAGAUACACCCAGAUACCAGCAUUGACCCAGAGACUGCUUGCUCAACCAGGAGGCACUGACUGGAGGCAGAGAUGGUGAAUUCUGGAGACAAAGGCUUCGAGAGAGAGAGAGAGAGAGUUAAACACUGAGCCACAGCUUGGAUCCUGAGAUACAGCUCUGCUCCAGGCAAGGUUGGACCCAGAAACACAGCUUUGGUCCAAACAACGUUGGACCCAGAAACACAGCUUUGGUCCACACAAGGUUUGACCCAUAAACACAGCUUUGGUCCACACAAGGUUUGACCCAUAAACACAGCUUUGGUCCACACAAGGUUGGGUCCAGAAACACCGAUCUAACAAGGUUAGGUCUAGAGACUCAGCAAGGGGUUAAAUAAACAGGCACCUCCUGAAAGAAGAGUGAGAGCAGAGGGACUUGUAUCUAGAAACAUAUUUUGGAGGUGAGGAGGUGACCUUAUGAGACUUAAACCCCAAGGAAUACCUUGCAGACAUCACUUGCAAUAAUAGCUGGAGGGAGUGUAGAUGGGGUGCUGGCCACCUUUGUGACAUUAAUUUAAGAGCACUGCACAAUGCAGAGCUUCCCAUGGUUCAUUUUCUUGGGCUGUGUGCUGUCCACCACGUUAACACAAGCCAUUCUGGAAAACCACAACAAGUCUGAACAGCGUGCAGAUUCCAUCACUGACAUUCCUGCCGUUAAUCAAGGAUUGGGAUUAUCUUUUCUCUCUGUCACACCUCUCAAUCCCAGCACGUGGUCCUCUUCCCUGCCCCUUCCCACUCAUAAAUCAGCAGGAAUUUUACAGAUUGGAGAUGGUUGCUGCUUACAGUAUGAUUUUCCAGAACACAGCAGAGGUGUGAUUGUGAUCAGUGCUGGAUCGGCUGCUCACAGUGCAACCCUCACCGUCCUGUCCCUGGAUACAUCCGUACUUGAGAUCUUAAACGUGAGCCGUAGCACAGAGGGAUUGCCAGGGAAUUUCCUGGCACAAAUAAAGUCUGGCAUGGGCGGUAUGGCACCACUUGUCCUGCGACUGCAACAGCAAGGAUCAGUGAUUGAUGAAAGAGAGGACUUCUCCAUACAUGUGGUUCCCCGCGAAGCACCAGAAUAUACAGGGUCUACAGCAAGUCACUUCUCUGAAAGUCCCAUCCUCUACGCACUGCUGCCUCUACUCUUUAUUAAUAAAUGUGCCUUUGGAUGCAAAGUGGACUUGGAAGUGUUGAAGGGUCUAAUGGGUCGACCGCACCCAAUCCUACUGGGAAUUUUGGGUCAGUUUGUGUUGAUGCCACUAUAUGCAUACCUCCUGUCCUUGCUUCUUGGCCUCUCUCAGCCUUUAGCAUUAGGACUGGUGGUUACCUGCUCUUCUCCUGGCGGUGGCGGGGGCUAUCUUUACAGCCUUUUGUUGGGUGGUGAUGUUACCCUAGCUAUAUCAAUGACCUUGGUUUCUACAGUAGCUGCAGUAGGCCUGAUGCCACUUUCUUCCUCUCUCUAUGGACAUUUUCUUGGAGUCCAUCAGACAUUACACAUACCCUUCUUUAAGAUCCUGGCCACACUGCUCUUCAUAGCUGUGCCGAUCUCUACAGGCAUGGUAAUUAAAUGGAAAUUUCCCCAGGUGUCACGGCUUCUGCUGCUCCUCAUUAAGCCAUUUAGUGUUUUACUGAUGGUGGGUGGACUAGUCAUGGCCUACCAGAUGGGAUCUUCUCUACUAAGCCAGGUGCCCACUACCCUGGUGGUAGCUGGACUAAGUGUACCUCUCGUGGGAUUGAAUGCAGGCUACCUACUUGCAUCUUGUCUAAAGCUUCCCAUUGCCCAUCGUCGAACGGUCAGCAUAGAGGUUGGGGUACAGAAUAGCUUGUUGGCCCUUGCAGUCCUGCAACUUUCUUUUCAACGUGCUGAGGCUGACCUGUCUUCUCAGGCUCCAUUCCUGGUGGCACUAAGUGGGACAUCCGAGAUGUUAUUGUUGGUCCUGUUACAUAUAAGCUACAAAAAGCUCAAAGACUAUCUCUGAGUAGGAUACUGAGUAUCUACGAUAUAAAUUAUGCCAUCCUGCUUGAAAAAUAACAGAAGUUUACAUGUAUUAAUUCCCGGCCUCGUGCACUUUUUGUGUUCUUCUCCUGUGGGGGGUGGCACAAAUUCCUCCAAUUUUGUGAUUGUCCAUUUCAUAAUUUUGCACUUGUACUUUCUUUUUUACAUGCCUAUGUUUGUCUAAUUACUGGGCUUCAAAACCUUGUGCAAUAUUAUGGUAAAGUCAUGUCCUUUUUUUUUUGAGUCCCCAAUACAUCUAAUAAUUUAUCAAUGUUGGUCAGGUAGAAAUAGUCCCUUUUUUGCACCCCAGAGCUUAUUGCUAAUGAGUAUCUCAUAUUUAACUUACUCGUGGAAGGUAAAUUCCAGUUCCUUAUAUCUAUUUAAAAGUUGACUAUUAUAUACCAUAAGAAUAAGUUCCCCUCUCAAAUACACGCUUCGUUUGCCAUUUCAUACAUGUUGAUCUAGGCCAAAGCUCUGUGUUCAGUAAGCUUCAUGCACUGAAGGGAAAAACUGUUAUUUUUAUAGGGGUGAUUUUUGUAAUGUUAAGCAGGGUAAUGGUCAGGUAUCUUUUUUGUCAUACAUGUAAA